GCUCGGCUUUACGAGAGGACGCACUACGGAGGCCGAGAAGGAGAGAAAUGUGGGCGCGGGCCGUGCGGCUGGGCCUCCGGGCCUCGGCUGGCGGGCGCCGGCGCUUCACUUCCAAGGCGGAUCCUCAGGGAGGUGGCCGGGUCACGGCCGAGCUGAUCGAACACCUGGAGCGGCUAGCGCUUGUGGACUUCGGCAGCCAGGAGGCCGUGGCACGGCUGGAGAAAGCCAUCGCCUUCGCCGACCGGCUCCGCGCCGUGGACACCGACGGGGUGGAGCCCAUGGAGUCAGUUCUGGAGGACAGAUGUCUGUACUUGAGAGCUGACACUGUGGUAGAAGGCAACUGUGCUGAAGAACUACUACAAAACUCCCAUCGAGUUGUGGAGGAGUAUUUUGUGGCUCCCCCAGGUCCUGCCAGCUGCCUGAUGGAGGAAGUCCUAGGCACGGAGAACAUAAGAGAAGAGGCCGCAUCCUUCAUCCAUGUUAGGAGCCACUGAGACCUAGGGUCCCUUCUCCAUCAGUCACUACUUUUAAAUCCUGAGGGUCCCCAAAUCACAAAUUUUGAUAAGGGACACAAAACCAGAGAAGAGUAAUAGAGUAUGUGUGGUAAACCACCACAAGAAGCUGGUCCUGUGCUAACCUUCCAGAGACCACACCUUUCCGACAGAGCAAGAUGUUCAUCCCAUUACAGGUUUAGUAUCUGUUAAGAAUUCAGAGCCUCUCUUUCUUUGUCCUUCAUAAUUAAUAACAAACUCUGAAGACUUUGAGUUCUAACUUUUUCCACUAUGAAAUUUAUCGGUACCAAUUAUUUCUUGCCUGACUGGGUUACCAGGACAUGGGAAUUUUGAAACCAUCCAAUAAAAUAACCAAAGUGUAGCUGAAGUAACACAAUAAAAAUCUAAAGUU